ACGUGGAACGGAAAAGGUGCAGUGUAAAUACAAAGAAAUCAGAAGUUAAGUAAAACAGUAAAAGCAUUACAAUGUAUUUCUAAUACAGGAACACCAAAUUAGCCGGACUCCAUUUCCUAAGUAAAUGAUUCAAUGAAUAAAUAAAUAGAGAGAGAGCGUAACCCCCCAAUGGUAGACCCAAAGUUGCGCCCAGAAAUCACAAGUCAAUUCAGUAAAAUGAUUCAGUUCAGUUAAAUGCAUUUCAAUUUGAUCCUAGCUAUUCUUGCAAAGUUUUUUCUAACACCAAUUGGUAAAGCCAGGCAUUUAUUUAGAAAUAUAUCCUGAGUUAGUGCCAGUUCUGCCAAAUUACCCAACGAUUACACUGUAAAUAAGCUUAAAAAAAACUUAAAGAUUGAAUUUUGGUUGUAUUUAAAAAUGUAUUCUGUGUUUGUUUUUUUUGUCAUGCAUCUUGUGUAAAAAAUUUCAUGAGUAUUUAAUUGACAUUCUGUGGUUGAUGUUUUUAGCUGACAAGAAACCUUAGUGCUAUGGGUUUAGUCAACAACAAGUUGAUCUUGCACAGAAUGCAGUUUAACACUUGUGGAGAUUUGUCAGAAACAAACAAAAACAUUAUGUAGACAGUUAUCAUUCCAAGAUUCAUGGAAGUUCCUCCAAGAAGUGCAAGUUUUCGCAGAAGAUUAAAAGAAACUCAGCAGGAAAAGCAAAUAAAAGGCUUUAUAGUUUAGAUCAAGUAGCUUUAAAUAAAGUUUAUAGUCAGGAACCUGAUUUUAGCUGUUGCUCGGAGUGUCAGAGGUGUAAUCAUCUUAAUAAAAGAGGUGUCUCAGGACCAGAGGUGCUGAUGCGUUGGUAGGGAUGAUCUCUGCUUUCACAGGUCAUUCUCAACACAAGCACCACUUGUUGCCAAAGCAGCUCAGAUCUCCAGGAAUUCAACACUUUUCUUUGAACAAUCAAAUAUUUUGACGUAGGAUUUCUAGAUUAAAAGACAACUCCUGGCAAAGGAUGGCAAACAAACCUUUGGUAAGUGUUUUUACAUCUGUCAUAUUGCUCUACGUUUAGACUCUGCAGCUUUACAGUAACUUAGGUUUACUUUAUCAGGCUGUUUAUAACUUGGGCUGGCGUAGUCUAGGCGGAAAUUGAAAAAAGACGUUUUGGGGUUUUUUACUUUGUUUUAGACAGUUUUCAAGUUUUUAGUGUGCUGAAUAUGUCUACUUAAAUGAGGCUGAUCGAAACUGGUCUCUUCACAGCCCGGCUCUUGGUCCGCCGCUCGCAGCCUUCCACCUCAGACUGUAUCUGACUCCUGCCACAGCGGCUUCCAUCAUGCCACCGCCGGGGGCAGCGGGACGAGGCUGGAGGCGGUGAUGGAAAACCUGCAGCGCCAACAGGCAGCGCGCCUUGCCGUGGAGGAGAAGCUCCGGCAGGCCGAAAAUAACAGGAAUUUCUGCAGCAUAGUACAGUCCCAGAUCCACCGCCAAGCUCUCGCUUUCAGUCACUACCACGGCGCGAUGGGUAGCAGUCUGGCUGCUGGAGCUGGCUCGUCCACCGGGGUGACGCUUCUUCACCGAGAGGAUGAGGACGGGAUUUCCAAACCUUGCACUGAUGAUAAGGAACGGAAGGAAAGGGGAGAUUACACAGAUGAGCAAGAAAUCACUGAUGAAGAGGAGGACGAGGAAGACAUGUUCAACCCUUCCCAUCUCAGACAAUCCGGGCUCUGUUCAGCUUGUGUGUCUCCGAAGGGCGCCACAGUGCGCUUCCUUACCACAGACCGAGUUCCACGCACCGAGUCUCCGUCCGCUCACUCCCACCAGGAGUGGACUUACGAGGAGCAAUUUAAGCAGUUGUAUGACCUGGAUGACGAUAAAGAACGCAAAGAAUUUCUUGAUGACCUUUUCAGUUUCAUGCAAAGACGGGGGACUCCAGUGAAUCGGAUUCCUAUCAUGGCAAAGCAGGUGCUGGAUCUCUACAUGCUCUACAAGCUCGUCACAGAAAAAGGCGGCUUAGUGGAAGUCAUCAAUAAAAAGAUAUGGCGUGAGAUUACCAAAGGCCUCCACCUCCCUACCUCUAUUACCAGUGCAGCAUUUACUCUUCGAACACAGUAUAUGAAGUAUCUCUAUCCAUAUGAAUGUGAGAAGCGGGGACUGAGCUCCCCUGGUGAACUUCAAGCAGCAAUUGACAGCAACCGUCGGGAGAGCCGUAAGCAGAACUACAGUUCUGCCAUCUUUAACUUCUCUGCCACACGCACAGAAACUCUUCUUCCAACACCAAAAAUACAGCAUGUGCCUGUGCUAUCUCACCAAAGCAGCUGUAUCUCUCAGGCACCUAUGGUCAAGAAAGAGGAGCUUGGGAUAGUCAGCUGCCUACCAAGCAAGGUGGCCCUCCCCAUACCACCCGGUGUACAUCAGGUGGCGGCCAUGGCUGCCGAGGCAGCAGUGGCUCAGUCAGCAGCCCUGGAGCAUCUUGGAGAGAAGUUUGAAAACUGUGCACCUAAACAAAACAAGUUGAUGAAGAUUGCGGAAGAUCAGCAGAGGAUAAUGGAGCAGGCAUUUCAGCAGAAUCUGAUCGCUCUGGCCACCCAGACUCCUCUCAACAUUAAACUCAACAACAGAGAUGAUAGACAAGAGUCCGCAUUGAACCUGUCUACCAACGGCAUUAACAGCAUCAACAUGUCAAUAGAAAUAAAUGGAGUUGUCUACACAGGUGUCCUCUUUGCCCGGCAGUCGGCAGUGGCAGGGAUUACAGAACACCAUGGGAAGCACAACUGUAAAACUCAGGGAAGGUCCAGUGCAACAUUUUUCCAGCCCUCUGGUUUCUCCUACUCUUCUGCUUCUCUUCAUGGACAAAGAAACGCAUCCACUUAAUUCUGUGUAAUUUUUCUAUCACCCACUGACAUAAGAUGUGACCUGAAUGAAGCCAAAUGAAGGGUUAUUCCGUUACUCUCUAAGGCAAAAAGACUGGCAGCUGAACAGGAACAUUUCAACAACAAACUGCAGUUUUAUUAUAUUAUUUAAUGCUUAUUAACCAUCUUUAAACACCCACUGAUUCCAGAUUGAUCUAAAGAACAAAAUAUACACUGAUCCUGCUUUUAGCACACCUUUGAUGACCGUUACUUUACCUAUGAAUCUAUUGAAGAAAAAAGCAUGAAUACAAAUAUGGCACAUUAAACACAGACACAUUGCAAAUAUCCUACAGAAUGACUUUCUGAUCUGUUUGGCUUCAUGUUCUCUUUAAAAACUUUGCAUAAAUAACUAAUAAUUACAAACAUUUUUACUGUCUACUGUAUAUUUGUGUCAGCCAUUCCUGGCAUGGCUUUUGUUUUACUGCUGUGAUGAAAAGUACCAAAUAAUUUCUGUGGUCCAGGUUAGUAAAACUGUUGCAUAUCAAAAACAAUAUUCUUUGGAGAGAGUAAAGCAAUUAAGAUUUGAAUUGCCUGUAUGCAGCUGAACAGAUGAGCAUAAAUAAAUGUGAUGACUAGAGGGGCAAAAAUAUA